AUGAAAACCCUGCUCUGUGACCUCCUGCUGCUCAGCCUCUUCUCCAGCGUGUCCAGCAGCUGUCAGAAGGACUGUCUGACCUGCAGGGAGAAGCUCCGCCCAGCGCUCGACAGCUUCGACCUCGAGGUGUGCAUCCUCGAGUGUGAAGGGAAGGUCUUGCCCAGCCCUCUCUGGACUCCAUGCACCAAGAUCAUUGCUAGGGGCCCCUGGCAGCUCAGCCCUGCUGACCCAGAGCACCUGGCAGCUGCUCUUUACCAGCCAGGAGCCUCCGAGAUGCAUCUGAAGCGAAUGCCCCGUGUCAGGAGCCUUGUCGAAGCGCAGAAAGAGACAGAGCCUGGCAUGGAUGAGGCUGGAAAGGAGCAGAAGCAGCUGCAGAAGAGGUUUGGGGGCUUCACCGGGGCCCGGAAGUCGGCCCGGAAGUUGGCCAACCAGAAGCGGUUCAGUGAGUUCAUGAGGCAGUACCUGGUCCUGAGCCUGCAGUCCAGCCAGCGCCGGCGCACCCUGAACCGGAAUGGUAAUGUGUAG